AUGAGUCAGAUACCAGGAAAGGAGUUAAAUGGAACAACUGCCCGAGGUCAAGAUCUGGCUCCUUGUACAACCUGUGGAAGACAUUUUGCACAUGAUGUUCUGCUGAGACAUGAUCCAAUAUGCAAGAAAGUGUUCAACAAGAAGCGCAAGCCCUUCAGCUCUUUGAAACAGAGACUGCAGGGAACAGAAAUCACCACUGUAAAGAAGCAGCCCCCCCAAAAGAAACAGCCAGGGAAGAAAUCUAACUGGAGGCAGCACCAUGAGGAUUUUAUUAAUACUAUUCAAUCAGCCAGGCAGGUCUCAAAAGCUCUGAAGGAGGGCCGCCCUCUUCCGCUUCCUUCCCCACCAAGCAUCAAUCCAGACUAUAUCCAGUGUCCACACUGCUCACGAAGAUUUAAUGAGGCUGCAGCACAGAGGCACAUGAAGUUCUGUGAAGAACAAGCUGCCUGCUGUGCCACUGAUGUAAAGACUACCGGACAGACUUCGGGCAAGCAACCAGUGACUCGGAAAAACCCCCCAACCUUAACACUUGCUGCGUUAUUGUUUCAGAAGAGCGUACAAGAAGGUGCCAAUACAGACGAACCCUGGCCAGAGACCUCUCCAGGAACACUGCAGAAAACUGGAAAAUCUUUGUGUCCAUCUACUGGAAAAAAGUCCUCAGGACAGUUUGGGUAA